CAAUCAUGUCGCCCUCUGCAAAUCCAAUAUUUGUUUCCAGUCUGAAAAUUGUAGCCGUCUUCUUGCUUUUUUUACGAACGUCUUAACUUCAGUCCCCCUCUACCAACCCGUUAGUUAACUUCAGGGGCAUACAGGCAACGUCGAGAUUUGCGCCUAGUUCAUGUACCCCGCAGUGUUGAGAACCCCACGGGGGGAUCACCGACAGCCACCCCAGUAUUAAAGACCAGGACAUUUCCCUCCCUCCUUAGAUUUUUAUAUCAUCAACUUCUUUCAUAUUCUAAGAUUCUGUUACCGUCCUCAUUUUGAACAUACUAUUUCGCACAACAGUGCCUCAAAAAUGGCGUCAACGGACGCCAACCAGAAGGAAUCGCUGGCGGUCCAGGAUUCUAAUGUCUCCCAUAUCGAACGAGGCCUUGAAGAGAAGCUUCAAGGUGCCAUCCUCACUGAAUAUGCCCAAACCGGUAUUACUUCUGAACAUAAGAUGGGUCUCAGAGAAGCGCUCAAAAAUUAUCCAUGGGCUAUGUUUUGGUGUCUCAUGGUUUCCAUGUGCGUCAUCAUGGAGGGCUAUGAUACAAUUUUGAUGGGAAACUUUUAUGCGUACCCCGCUUUUGCACUAAAGUAUGGGCAGUACGUCCCGGAAACCGGAAACUACCAAUUGACUGCAGCGUGGCAGUCUGGGCUGGGUAAUUCCAGCGGCGUCGGAGCAUUUUUUGGUGCCCUCAUUAACGGCUAUCUUGUCGAUAUCUUGGGGAUGAAGCGCCUAAUUCUGAUCUCACUUGUAGUAUUGUCUGCAUUUAUCUCGAUCACCGUUUUUGCAAAUAAUGUCACUACGCUUUGCGUAGGACAGAUUCUAUGUGGACUACCGUGGGGAGUCUUUGCGACAACAGCACCAGCAUAUGCUUCGGAGAUUCUUCCACUGCCUCUUCGUGUCUACAUGACAUCUUAUACUAAUAUGUGCUUCAUCAUCGGUCAAUUGAUUGCUGCUGGUGUUCUUUCUUCCUUUUCAUCUCAGAAAACUUGGGAGUGGGCAUUUCGAAUUCCUUUCGCAGUUCAAUGGGCAUGGCCUGUGAUACUCUUCCCAAUCCUGCUCUUUGCUCCUGAAUCCCCAUGGCAUUUGGUUCGGAAAGGCCGACUCGAAGAGGCUGAGAAAAUACUUCGACGACUUCAGAGCAAGUCCUGUUUGGCCGAUCCAAAGGAGGCACUUGCUAUUAUUAUACACACCGACAACCUUGAGAAGGAAAUCACGGCAGGCACAUCAUACUUUGAUUGCUUUAGAGGCGCAGAGAGACGUCGCACAGAGAUUGCUUGUAUGUGCUUUGCAGGCCAAAUAUUUUCGGGUACCCUCUUUGCGUACAACUCAACAUACUUCUUCCAACAAAUUGGCCUCAAUACCGUUGCGACAUAUAAGAUGAACGUCGGAGGUACCGGCAUGGCAUUGUUUGCGACCCUCUUAAAUUGGUUCUUCUUAAUGCCACACUUUGGUCGUAGAAAGAUCUACAUGACUGGAAUGGGCGCUCUCACGAUAAUCCUAUUCAUCAUCGGCUUCCUUCAAAUACGUGCAACUGGCACCGGGCCACUUCUUAAUGCACAGGCUGCCUUCACGCUUCUAUGGACAUUCACUUUUCAGUUGUCGAUAGGACAACUGGGUUGGGCACUCCCGGCUGAAAUUGGAUCUACCCGCUUGCGGCAAAAGACUAUCGUGCUUGCCCGUAACGCGUACUAUCUCUCGGCAGUAGUCUCACGCACGCUGGAAAAUUACUUCCUCAAUCCGCGGGCGUGGAAUCUGCGUGGAUACACUGGAUUUGUUUGGGGUGGAACCGCUCUGCUUACCUUAAUCUGGGCCUUCUUUCGUCUUCCGGAGACUAAGGAUAGGACAUUUGAUGAACUCGACAUUCUGUUUGCUAAGAAGAUUCCGGCAAGGAAAUUCGCCAAAACUGAUGUUAACACGUUUAAUGAGGAUGAGCCUAUUACAGCGGCUGCCAUCAUUGCAUGAGACAUAGUUGCCACCAACGAGAGCAACUGAAGAUCAAGGAAACAUGUAUGCUAAGAAUGCCCUUCUUAGGUAGGGCCAUAAAAAUGUUAAGCUUUUCAUAAAGUAAUAUAAACAACAAUGAGCAGAAAAUAGAGUAUUUAUA